AAGCCACCAACAUCUCUUGAUUCACUAUUCCUCACUUACACUAUUGCCUAAAUGGUACUGAAAAUUAUAUGCCUAUGCACUGUAAAAUACAGCACAGUAAACUGGUCACACAACAUUUUCUACUUGUUGAUAGGCCAUUCUUACUCUAGCAAAACAGCGCCUCUGUGUGGUCAAAGAAUGUAAUACACAAAAAGGAAAUCACUUUUUGUACUUCCUGUUUGGGACGACGUCACAGCUGCUAGAGAAAGAUUUAAAAUGUAAACAGAUAAUCUGACUUUACGUUACUUUGUACUUACAUAUUCGCCACAUUGUUGCCAUGUUAACUUUUAUUGCGUGAAAUUUUCAUCAUGCAGUUAUGUACCUUUUACACGCGUGUAGCUGCGACUAAUAAGGAGCCAUGUGUUCAAGUGAAGGGCAACCUCGGUUUCAGACAUUCAGUUAAAUCUGCCGUCAGAUAAACAAACACUGUCAACAGAAUGAUAAAACACACGUUGCGUGCGGCAGGACGUGUCCUCUCUCCCGGUCUGCGCUGCUUCUCAGGGAUUCCUGGCGGAGAAAUAACUGAAGAUGUGUCUGAACGUGCAGGAUCUCCACAUCUCACACAGCAGGCGUCUCUAUAUGUGCACUGGCCGUACUGUCUCAGAAGGUGCUCCUAUUGCAACUUUAACAAGUACAUACCCAGAACCGACAACAACCACAUCAUGACUGAGUGCCUGCAGCGGGAGGUAGAGACCUUGCUGCAGCUCAGUCAGGUAUCCUGCAUCACCUCAGUAUUCCUUGGUGGCGGGACACCAAGCCUGGCACACCCCUUAACCAUCUCUGCCAUCCUUGAAACUGUUUCCAGGCAGGCAAACCUCUCAGAUAAGGCUGAGGUCACACUUGAGGUCAACCCUACUCCUGUGGGAAUGUCAAAGUUAGAGGAUUUUUGCCAUGCAGGGGUGAACCGUUUCUCCAUUGGGGUCCAGUCUCUGCAGGAUGAGGACUUGAAAAUUCUGGGAAGAGACCACAGUUCUCAUCAAGCUUUGCAAACUAUUGAAGAGGCGAGGAAGCUGUGCCCAGGGAGGGUGUCGGUGGAUGUCAUGUUCGGCCGGCCCAAACAGAGUGUGGAAUCCUGGGAGAAAGAGCUGUCUGAGCUGUUGAGGGUGUGUGACGAUCACGUGUCUCUGUACCAGCUGACCCUGGAGCGAGGCACCCAGCUGUUUAAACAGGUGCAAUGCGGUGAAGUGACUGUGCCCGCUGAUGAUGUGACAGCGGAGAUGUACCAGUGUGCCAGGAGGACUCUCCACCAGCAUGGCUUUCUGCAGUACGAGGUGUCAAACUUUGCAAGACAUAAUGCAGUGAGUCAUCACAAUAUGAGCUACUGGAAGGGAAGACAAUACAUCGGUGUUGGCCCAGGAGCACAUGGGCGGUUUGUGCCUCUGGGGGAGGGAGGUGUCAUUCGGGAGGCCAGGACCCAGACUCUGGAGCCCGACAUCUGGAUCCGUGAGGUCCAGCAGAGGGGACAGGGAACACGGAGGAGGAUUCAGCUCAGCCAUCUUGAACUGUUGGAGGAGGUGUUGGUGAUGGGAAUGAGAAUGACUGAGGGCAUUACUCACAAGCAUUGGCAGUUGUUUAGCCCUCAGCUGGGUCUCCAUGAAAUCUUUGGUACGUCCACUGAUGUCCAAGAGUUCCUACAGAGUGGACAACUGAUUCUUGAUGACAGAGGUCUGCGCUGCUCCUGGGAUGGACUGGCCUUGCUGGACAGCAUGCUGCCAUCUCUACUGUUGGAGCUGGAAACAUCAAUCCUUCAGAGACCACAAAGAGACCACCAAGCUGAUGGACAAACAGAGAAGACCUCCAACCCACGAUGACAAUCUCGCCUGCAUGUCCCCCACACCCCUGCGCUGACCUCAUCAGGCUUUUGUUGGGAAACAAAGAAUGUUCAGGCAUCUGUUUUCAGGAGAAAUAAAGACAUAGGGUGGCAAGACAGACAGGAGGAGGGCUGGAAGAGAUAUAUGAAGUUGAGCUCGACCAACCUGAUCAGUGAGAGUCACAUGAAAAUGAAACGGGGAGCUGCAACAAGCAAGGAGAACGCACAAUAAACUUAUUUGAACCAUUUAUCAGAAAUAGAGAAAUUCCCUCGAAAUCCUACUUAAGAGCCAGUUUCACUCAGCUUGAUGAACUUUUAAUUUCUUUACACUUUGCCCUAUUGUCGUCUCCAAGAGUUGUGCCUUUGUUGUUACAAGGUGGAGCUGGUAUUUCCUGUAUAUCCUGCUCAGUCAACCAGCCAAAAGGCCCACUGCAGCUCUCUCCCGCUGCUUUCUACCCCGGUUAGAUCAUCAUUUUUCACUCAGUGUCACGAUACGAUCCCUCUGUACUUUCAAAUACACCUUGUACAGCAGUUUGCCGCAGAUUACAUAGCACAAAAGUACACUUGAUAGAAUAAGCCGCUGUAAAUACAAAAAAGAUUUAAGUCUUGUAUAAUGCAUAAGGAUGUGACUUCGGACAACAUCCCAUUAGUGGUGAUGAAUAAGUAAAUAGCAGAGACGUAGUGAUAAGGCGGCUGGAAAGGAAAUUGUGGUUCUUUGUUGAAGCCCUCGGGGAUGACGUGUUCACUCACAUUGUUAGGAAGUAUUGUCAGCAUAGCCUUGAACUAUAAUUUCUGGAAAGGACAUUAUAGUGUCUGUAGUAGUCACUUAUAAAUUUUACUUUCUCUCUGCAGGUUAUAGUUUCUGUAAUAUCUUGAUAUUAUAUAACUUGCAGUAAGGCUGGGUAAUAUAUAUUGAUAUUGUAUCGAUAUUGUGAUAUGAGACUAGAUAUC